AUGGCAGCAGCUCCGGACGCCCCCUGCCUGUCGGAGCUCAUCAUACUCCCCAACCGGAACAUCAGCCUCAUCUCCGGCACCCAACCCUGCAACCGGAGCACCGCCCGGACCGCGCCUUACACUCCGCAAGCCACCGCAGCCUUCGCCAUCGCCAUCACCUCCAUGAUGAUCCUCACCAUUGUCGGGAACAUCCUGGUCAUCAUCGCCGUCCUGACGUCCCGAUCCCUUAAGGGAGCUCAGAACCUGUUCCUGGUGUCGCUGGCUGCAGCAGAUAUUUUAGUUGCCACGCUUAUUAUCCCGUUCUCAUUGGCUAACGAGCUGCAGGGCUACUGGGCGUUCAGCUCCAUUUGGUGUGAGAUCUACCUGGCGCUGGAUGUUCUCUUCUGCACCUCCUCCAUCGUGCACCUGUGCGCCAUAGCGCUGGAUCGCUACCUGUCGAUCUCUCGGCCCGUGUCCUACGGAACCAAACGCACCCCGAUACGAAUCAAGGCGGCCAUCAUCGUAGUCUGGCUGAUCUCUGCGGUCAUCUCUUUCCCUCCUCUUCUCACCCUGGACAAGAGCGAAGGAGGCGAAGAGGUGUGCGAGCUAAACAACGAGCGCUGGUAUAUUCUCUACUCCACCAUCGGAUCUUUCUUUGUCCCCUGUGUGAUAAUGAUCCUGGUGUAUGUGAGGAUUUAUCAGAUCGCAAAGAAGCACACACGCUGCCCACCCGGACAGAAGAAUAUAGUGACAGCAGGAGGAAAUGCAAGCGCGGAAACCAACGAGCCUCCGGCAAAGAUAUCUGAGCUGUCACAACAGAAUGAGGAUCAAGGAGGUAUGACAGAUGGCCAACAACAAAAAGGCCUGGCCAAAAUGUCUGGCUCUGAGUCAACUCCGUCAUCAUUCCAAAACCCGCCUGAGAAAACCGUGAGCCAGGACAAUCGGCACCCUGCUAAUUUGAGUAACGUUCCAGUCCAAAAAUCCACCUCCUCCCCUUCAAUCCCUCAACAUGGCAGCCAAAUCCUCUCAGCUGUUCCCCAGAAUGAGUCCCAGACGCGUCCAAAUGAAGGAGGGGAAGCACCCCCCGAGAACUCAUCGAGCUCUGGCUCAGAAAUGUGCGAGGACGGCGUUAACGGCAAAGAAGAGACGAACAAGGUUGACAAGCAAACUUUGGGAUUGUCCCAAAGGAAAGGGUUCAAAGUUCAGAUGCUGAACCUGGCGUGCAGAUACAAAAACACAAUGGCCACAUCAUCUGGCUCAACCAAACUGGCACCGGAGGAAACGACGAAGUUCGAGGGGACGCCCACAUCCCGACGCAAAGCCAUGGCUAACCGGGAGAAGAGGUUCACCUUCGUCCUGGCUGUCGUGAUGGGAGGGUUUGUGAUCUGCUGGUUCCCCUUCUUUUUCUCCUACUCUCUGCAGGCGGUGUGCCCCGAGUUUUGCAGCAUCCCCAACCCUUUGUUUAAAUUCUUCUUUUGGAUCGGCUACUGCAACUCCUGCCUCAACCCAGUCAUUUACACCAUCUUCAACAACGAUUUCAGGAAGGCCUUCAAGAAGAUUCUCUACGGUGCCACAAAGGGUACGUUCUUCUAAAAAGGAAAGGAUUAUGUUUUG